ACGUGAAAAGCGCUAUCUGAUCAUGUGAUUAUUUACAUGGAAAAUGGCCGCCACUGGAGAAGAGGCAGCUGCGAUGGACAGCAUCUCCAAGGCCCCUAUUCCCCCAUCGGCAUUGAAUAUCAAAACGGACCCAGAUUCUCGGUUAGAAAAUACAAGCGUUGAAGGCGUCACUGAAAGUCAGCCUCCUGUCUCCAAAAAGGGCAGCAACAACAAUGAUGGGAGUGUGGAAACCGCGGAGGAGGCUGUCGAACCAGCAGAGCCUGACAUCGAUGAACUCUGCAAAGAUAUGUUUGAUAAAAUGGCCGUCUUUCUACAAGGCGAGCUUACAGCUACCUGUGAAGACUACAAACUCUUGGAAAACAUGAACAAACUCACCAGCUUGAAGUAUAUGGAGAUGAAGGACAUAUCAAUAAACAUCAGUCGCAACUUACAAGAUCUCAACCAGAAAUAUGCCAGUUUGCAACCCUACCUUGACCAGAUAAACCAGAUAGAGGAACAAGUGACGGCACUUGAACAGGCAGCGUACAAAAUGGACACCUACUCUAAAAAGCUAGAGGCAAAGUUCAAAAAGCUGGAGAAGCGGUGAGAGGACACUGUGCUCUGUUGCACUGUCAGAACCCCAAGUCUGAGCAAGUUUGGAGGAGUCCGUUGCCGUCAGCCUGCUUCUAGAAUUAGGGACAUUGGCUUGCUGUGGGAAUAGUGUGCACUGUACACAACGUUAAGACUCCCUUUGAACGGAAGAGCAUGGGUGGAAACGCAUAUCAAGAAGUGCUCACAUCUGAUAUCUGAUUCUGUACUCACUCAACUACCCUUUAUGAAGGGGCACAUCCUUGGUGAAAAAGACUAAAGGACAGAAUCCAUAGUAUGCACCCCAUCAAAUGUACCUUGUGUAUGUCUUUCAACCCUGUCAUUUAUUUUGCUUUAAUUGGAUAUGCAUUCCACACAUGAAAAUCACUGGGAAGUCAUUACGAGAAAAUAUGUUUUGUAACCUGACAUUUUUUGUCCUGACAAAGUCUUCUGUGGCUACUUUUUAUGGCUCUCUUCUCUCUGUUCCUGUUCUAAAGAUCAUAUUAAUGUAGCCCAUUAUACAGCCUGUAUGGAAGUAGUACAUGCCUACAACCCCCUGCUGAGUGAAGCUUGUUUUAGCAGUUUUAACAUGCUUUAAUAUAGCACUUCCAUUCCACUUGAAUCGCUACAAAUCCACGUUUUGUCAUUUAAAUGGUGCAUCAUACGCAGUUUAAAUGAGCAUUGAUGUUCUUUGCUACCCAAGAUGAUAAUCUGGAGGAGACCUUAACGUAAAUCUCCUGGCCAUGUUUAUGUUCAGUCAGAGUGUUAAUGUGCCUGUGCUUUCAUCUGUGUGUUUUUCAGUGAUUCAGAAUUAGUAACUUUGGAAGUAAGUCCUGUGUGUUGACCUAACACUGGUCAUAAGCAUUAAUGCCUUCAUUGUUUUGUACAUGAACUUCAUAUGAGCUGGCUUUUAUUUGUAAAAUGGCAUGUAAUAAGCAGGCAUGCAUAACAUUUAAGUUAUAUGAUGAGGCCUCUGAGACCUUUAGGACAAUCUCACUUAUUACAUUUUUGGAAUUGUCUCUGUUUUUGUAACAAUUUCUCUUUUUUUUUUCUUCAAUAAAACAGUAUUGUAAAAUGUGCUUGCAGAUGCAACAGGAAUUAAAAACUAAUUUAUGUUA